AUCGCCCUUAUUAACUAGUCGUAAUUUCUUAGUACCAUUUUUGACACUUUAACCGCCUAGACGGAAUACACCGACACGCCGCCGCAUCGGAGCUCCAUCGGCCACCGCCUUUUGACAAACCCCGCUAUGUUCCAAACUUUGGGGUUCAUAUGCAUGAAGGUGUAUAUGUUCGUGUAUCAAAAAUGAUGGCUUAUAAAUCCACGAAGCGUUUAUUUAAUAACACAGAUUUGAGGAUUAUUAUCUCAAGGAAACAGGAGUUCUGUCAGAAGUUUGUGUACAAUAUUCUUAGCCGGUGUCAGUCACAUUGGUCCAAUUCUGAGAAGGCGUCCUAUAGUGGCUUCAAAGAGGGGAAGGAAAACUACCAAGUGACAGAGAAACCUGAAGAAAAUAGCAUAGGCCAUGGUCCUCGGCAAAGUAGUUUCAAUGUUGUCAAUGAUGAUUUAAAUAGUAAUAAGUGGAAGUUAGAACUUGCUUGGCUCUCUAAGGCUCUUGAACCUGCUGUUCAACUAUGUAGAUCGGUUCUGCCAACAGGAAAUGUAAUCGGAGACAAACUUCCACCAACUAAUAGGUCUCUUGCAGAGAUAUUUGCCAGCAUUCAACGUAGUAAAUUGGGACUCCAGGAUUGGAGUCUAAGUGAUCUUACCAUAGGCUUAUAUCUCAUAUAUCUCCAGCAGGCAUCAACCAGUGCUGUUGAAGAUGUUAAGGGUGAAGAAAUAUCAUCUGAGCUGAUAGUGCAAGAUCUCAUCUACCACCUCGAGCUGGCUAAGGGGUCUUAUAAAGCCAACCCUGCUGCUAUUGCUAGGAAUACUAUGCUUCGAGAAAGCAAUGUUAUCAAAUUCAUAAAAAGUUCCGAUGUGUUGAGGCCUGGAUAUUAUAUGGGAAUUGACCAUCGGAAGAAACUUGUGAUUCUUGUAAUUCGUGGAACUCAUACUGUGUAUGAUCUUAUAACUGACAUUAUUUCUUCAAGUGAUGAAGAAAUCACAUUUGAGGGUUACUCUACACACUUUGGAACUGCUGAGGCUGCUCGUUGGUUCCUUAAUUACGAGCUGGACACCAUAAGAAACUGCCUGAAGAAACACAAGGGAUUUAGGUUAAGGCUGGUGGGUCAUUCCCUUGGAGGUGCAACAGCUUCAUUGCUUGCUAUCAUGCUUCGUCAAAGGUCAUUCCAAGAGCUUGGGUUUAGCCCUGAUAUUGUAUCAGCGAUCGGAUAUGGUACUCCCCCAUGUGUUUCUAAAGAACUUGCUGAAAAUUGCUCUGAAUAUGUCACAACGGCAGUUAUGCAGGGUGAUAUAAUUCCAAGGCUUAGUGUCACCUCUCUCACGAGACUUAGGAAUGAAAUUCUUCAAACUAACUGGGUUAGUGUUCUCCAGAAGGAAGACUGGAGAGGUGUCAUAGAUUUGUUCACAAAUGCGAAGCAGGUUGUGUCUUCUGUGCAAGAUGUUGCUUGGAAACUUGCUGAUUAUACUAAAUUGCCAGGCAAUGCAAAGCACUCUGAUAAUUCUGGAGUUCAGCCUACCUCCAAGCCACCGGGCAAUGCGACUUCUCUUGUUAGACGGGAAGAGGCUGGUAGCAAAGUAGCUGAUGAGUUGUUUGUGCCGGGAAGUCUCUAUUAUCUAAAGAGGAACGCAGAUGCUAGAAUCAAUGGAGACAGUGGCGAAUAUUUCACUCUUUUGAAGAGACGCCCAGGUGAACAUUUUCAGAGAAUACUUCUAUCAAGCAACAUUAUUUCUGACCACAAAUGUGAAGGUUAUUAUUAUGCCUUAAGAGACGUUCUAAAAGGUUUGCCUGGUUCUCCUGAUGAAGCUAUUUUCAGAUGAAUACCUAUUUAAACCUGUAAAACAUUGUGUAAACUACAGUUUUUUUGGUACUUCAAUAAUCCUCAGAAAUGUUCCCUCUUCUUAUAUGUCCCAAGUUCCCUGAUAUGGUAAAGGGAAUUUUGGUACUUCUCAAUAAAUUUGAUCCCAAAUUUGUUCAUUA